AUGCCGUUGGCGGUGGCAGCUGUCAACCGCGACUCUAGUUUGCUGCCUGGGCUGCGCCUGCGAUUCUUAGCCGCCGAUGUGGGCCGUCCACGCGCACACUUACCUAUGGACAAGGACAGCCUUACUUUGAGAGUGAUGACCCAAAUGCGAGACCUUGGCGUGGUGGCGUUCUUUGGACCUGACAGCACGUGCCACACUGAGGCCAAGUUGGCUGCUGCAUGGAACCUACCCCUUAUCUCUCAUAAAUGCACCGGAGCUCGUGGCUCCUCUCACGAGGGUACCAGCUUGGGCACCACCUUUGCCAGGACUCUUCCACCAGCGUACAAGAUCAGCAAGUCUGUGGUGUCGCUGCUCAAGGCAUUCGGAUGGUCUAAGUUCGCCAUCGUGGUGGGGAAAGCGCUGAAAGCGGCUGCGCAGCAAAUGGAUGCUAUCAAGGAACUGGCCCACUCGAAUGGCAUGACAGUGACAGCUGAACACAGCUUCGAGGACUACAUCCCCUUACACAUCUCAGAAAUGGAGGGAAUCGUCGACAAGACCUAUGAAAAAACCAGAGUGUACGUCUUUCUUGGAGAACACAUUGCGCUGGUAGACUUUGUGAGCGUUCUCCAGAGAAGAGGGCUCUUGGACAAGGGCGAGUAUGCCGUGGUAGCCGUCGACGAUGAGAUCUACGAUCCAAGUACUGCAGCCAUCACACAUGCAGCGGAACCCCCGUACUACUCCGUCCGCAUGCCCUGCCCCUCCCUUGUGCGUAAACAAGUGCCAAUAGAAGCUGCUCAUCUCUACGACGGCGUCACCCUCUGGGCCAGGGCUGCAACGGCAGCAAUGCGAGCUGGACUGCAGCCGACAGAUGGAGCCACUUUGAUGAAGUUGCUCCGACCCACCACCUACCGCUCCGUCCAGGGUUUUGAUGUAAAAAUGGACAACAGCGGAGACGCCGAGGGUAACUUCACAGUCAUCGGCCUAGUCGCUGACGAGAGCGCGGCGGGAGGGUGGAGUGCGCAACCAGUCGCUACAUUCCGCUACGCCAAUACUUCUGACGUGUUACCAGAAUUGGUAGGCGCCAGCAAGAUAGCUUGGAUCGGGGGUCAGCCUCCUGUAGCAGAACCAGCGUGUGGCUUCAAUGGUGCCAAGUGUGCCAACCCCAAGGAACCUGGAGUCCUCACGGUGGUAGCCGCGACCGCAGUCGCAGCGGCCGCCAUGUUGGCUGCUGCCCUCUUCGCUCGCCACUACAGAUACGAGCAGAAGCUUGCUUCGGUCUUGUGGAGGAUCGAAGCAAAGGACUUGACUUUCAUAUCGACGUGCAGUAACGAUAAGCCUAUAACAGCUCAAGAAGACGACACCCGGCGCGCACAUACUACUAUUGCGCUAUGUCGCGGCAACAUAGUUGCUGUAAAACGGCUUCGGAAGAAAAGCAUCGACGUUACAAGAGCCAUCAAGAAAGAGCUAAAGCAGAUACGGGAGCUCCGCCACGAGAAUCUUACCGCCUUCGUUGGCGUUUGCGUCGAAAGUGGCGCUGCCUGCAUCGUCUCAGCGUACUGCUCCCGCGGUUCCCUUGCCCGCGUCCUGGCCGACAGAGACUUGCACCUUGAUGACAUGUUCGUGGCUAGUCUGGUGGCGGACUUACUCCGAGGCUUGACGUAUCUGCACGACUCCGCACUGAUUUCCCAUGGGAACCUGACCUCGAGCAACUGCUUGGUCGACAGCCGGUGGGUGCUACAGAUCUGCGAUUAUGGACUUCAUAACUUGAAGAGCGGUUGUGCCGACGCGGAAGACGCUCUGCGCAUGGAGAGACGUAUGCUGUGGAGGGCACCGGAAUUCCUGAGGGACCCGAACCCACCUCCCAGAGGUUCCCAGAAGGGGGAUGUGUACUCCUUUGGAAUUAUACUGUACGAGAUUUUGGGAAGGAAUGGACCUUGGGGCGACACAAGCCUUACGAAUGCUGAAAUAAUAGGCAGAGUCCGCCAGCCGAUCGGUGGAAUACUGUUUCGGCCUCCACUGGGCGGUUUGGCAGCACGACCUUCGGUUCUAGCUGUUCUGAAUGCCUGCUGGAGCGAGCGACCUGAUAGACGACCGGACUUGCGUUUGGUGAGGCUGAGGCUAAAGGACAUGCAUGCUGGCAUGAAGACAAACAUAUUCGACAAUAUGCUGUCCAUGAUGGAAAAGUACGCGUCCAACUUAGAAGCACUACUCGCUGCCAGGACUAAGCAACUAUUGGAAGAAAAACGGAGGACAGACGACCUUCUCAACAGGAUGUUGCCAAGGACAGUGGCUGAAUCUUGGAAGCGUGGGGAGCAUGUCCAGGCGGAGAGCUUUGAGUGUGUGACAAUUUACUUUAGUGAUAUCGUCGGCUUUACUGGCCUAGCUGCCACCAACUCACCUAUGCAAGUAGUUGAGAUUUUAAACGAGCUCUACACGUGCUGCGACGCAAUUAUAUCGAACUACAAUGUUUAUAAGGUGGAGACGAUAGGUGAUGCUUACAUGGUCGUGGGUGGUUUGCCCAAGAGGUGCUCCCGACACGCUGCAGAAGUGGCAUCUCUAGCGUUGCACAUACUCGAUGCAGUGCCCAAGAUACGAAUGAGGCACACGCCUGCUGCCAGGCUGCAUAUCAGGAUAGGAAUACACAGUGGAAAAUGCGCUGCCGGCGUGGUGGGAAUCAAAAUGCCGCGAUACUGCUUAUUCGGCGACACCGUCAAUACUGCAGCCCGAAUGGAGUCCAGCGGUGAACCGCAGAAGAUACACAUAAGCCACGACACGUAUAAGCUGUUGAAACAUCAUGGCGGCUACCACUUCAAGGAGAGGGGGGUUAUGAACAUCAAGGGAAAAGGAGAGCUGAAAACUUGGUGGCUAACUGGUGAAGAUCACGUCCGCAGAACAUACAGCUUUUACAGACACCAGCCUGAAUUGGAUGGCAUCGAGGGAAGCAACGAAGAGUGGUGGAGUCCUCACAGGUCGAUUAUGAACAUCCGCGAUCGAGCUCGUCUCUCUUGUGGAGGCUCUCUAGGCCCAGGAUCAGCUCUGUCCUCCCCUGGACCCCCAGCCUGCGCUUGCUUCGUCCCCCAACGAGACCAUCAUUCUGCCCCAGCCGUGACCUUCUGCGAGGACUGACGUUAACCAUUAGGAGGUCACACGCUCAACUACUUAUGGGCAAAGAACGAGAGCAACGAUUCUUGGAAACCCAUUCUUAAUGGAUAUACGGACGAUAUUGUCUUGCCAAAUAUAUAUUGUAAAAUAGACGAACAAAGCGUAUAUUUGCAAGACGUUUUUAGUUCGUAUAAGAUGGUUUACGAGUGUGACUUUAGGGAAAACGAUAGGGAAGACGCCUUUAUAAGGGCCAGAAAGCUAGCAGCGUUUCAGAGGCUGUAUUGUGUAGAUUAUGAUUUUUGGUUGUAAACCAAUUUUAGCUAGUAUUUUGCGACUUGCUUUUUGUGAAAUUCAACAAAACAGCAUCAAUUCUUGCGAAAGACUGUCCAGUAUUAUUUUUAUUGAAAGUUACAUAUUUUAAUACUUUUCAAUUUAAAGGAACAAUGCGAUUCCGUCCAAAAAGGGUCACUCUGAUCGAAUGCGACCAAAUCGUGACGACUUUUCGUCAACUUUUAAUCCGUUAUAGUUUUGUUGAACGGCUUCUAUGUGUAAAAUACAACGACAUGGACAGUCAGUAUUAUAAAUUAAAUCAAAUAUAUAAUUGUAAAGCACACGUGAGGUUAAGAAGAAAGUAAGUAGGUAGUUAUACGGAUUUGUUGGUCACUCUCAGGGUAAUGGAUUGUAACUCGAAGAUUGUAUUGAAAAUAAAGGAAAAACGGAAAAUACCAACUCUAAAAUAUAUCUAUUUAAGUAUAAACUUGAAUUUUAAUAGAAUAUUAUAUUCAAAUUGAAUAUUAUGAUAUUCGAUCUGCGCAGGAUUUGCAAACUUGGAUCUAGGUUUAUUCGAAAAUUUAGAUUAAGAUAAAUGUUCAUGAGUUAAAUAUACUCGUAAAUGUAUAGGGUAAGAUAAAAAACGAUGGUACCUAUAGUAAGAAAUAAUACUUUUUCGAUGUAUUUUUCUAGAAUACUACUAACUAUAAUAUACCUACCUACCUACUGAUUAGACCCUUUCCAUAUUAAAAUAAAUACCUAAGUAGUUCAGCCAAUCCCUGCCAUAGAAUUUACCUACCUGUAUGUCAUUUUGAAAGCUUUUAAUCGAUCGACUAUUGAAGAGAUAUAAAGAAUUGCUG